AUGGACUGAGCCACCCAGGCGCCCCUGCUCAACCAAACUUCUUGGCCCUGCUUAAACUAUUUGUCCUGAUUCGGAAAAGCACUCUCCAAUAGAUUUCUGGUUUCCGUUUUUACCUUCCAUUUGGUCCAAAAAAGGUUGCUCCUUCAAGCCCCUGAGCAGUUUAUCUGCUCCAUUUUUUCCUCAUGAUACCGGGCUCCGUUUCUGCACAUCACCUUUGAUGCACCAAUGCUGCCAGACCUAAGCUUCCCCUGCUCCUGGCAGCCUGGGCCCAUGUUCCGUUCGGGUAGCCGGCUGUCAGCCCUGGUGCUCUGUCACGGGAUGCCAGCACCUGACGGGCUUCUUAGAGUGCCACAUACACUUCAGGUAUGUGAAACGUUUUCCCACCCUUUUUAUCAUGAAAAGAAUGUCCAAGAAGGCACCCUUAGCCUGUACAUUUUGGUGAAGCCGAUGGUAAUUUAUUCCCACACUAUCCUGUUUCCUCUUCCCAAAUUGCUCUGGGUCUCCAGUCUGUCUUUUCUUUACCAAUACCUGGCCAUGUGUGACCAUGGAUAUCCAUUGGUCUCCGUGGCCUUGUUUCAAGUAAGUGUUCAUCAGCCAGGAAACAGGUUUUGGACACUGACUUCUGGACAGUAUUCUAUGUACCUGGACCCUUGAAAAUAAAAAGUAUCUCGUGAAAGUAGCCCUCCAGAGUUUGCUGAGCCGAGGGAAGCAUAAGCCCAAUCGCGGGCGCUUGAACUUAACAGCCAAGGCUUUGUGCUCCCUUCUUCGCGGACCCUCCUCGCCUAGGACAGAGGCAGGCAAGGGGCGCCGCGCUAAGGGAGGUUCCCCCAAGUCUUACUGUCGGCCGGUCCGGGCUGCAAAAAUGUGCCCAGCGGCGGAGGGAGUCUUCCUCCAGCCUUGCGCGCGAUGCCAAUCACAGCGGGGCGGCCCCUGAGCUUCCUGCUCCCCCGAAGCUUCCACCGCAGAAACAAGAUACCCAGGACGACGGGCUUCUCGGAAUCGGAGCCUCCGCCCGAGUCCCACGCCACAGCCCUCCGCUCUCAGGGCCCCGAAGUCGGGGCACCGCCCACGCUUCCACCACCACUCGAGCGCGGGGGCUCGGGAGUUGUAGUCUCCGGCCGAGCGCGGGCGCGGGGGCCGGGGCGGCGCGGACUCCACGUCCCGGCGGGCGGCGCGGCGCGGCUGGGGCGCCAGGGGCGGGGCCGCUCGGCCCUUUAAACCUUCCAGGGCUGCUCCGAGGGCCGCAGCUAGAGACGGCGCCACGCGGGGCCGAGCAGGGCGCGGCGGCGGCGGUAGCGGCGGGGCGCUCCGGGGAGGCCUGGGCCGCUGAUGGUUUUGACGAAGUAUCUUAAGGUAGCUGGGCCGGCCCCCUUUUUCCCACCUACCUCUUGUCCUUCCCCCUACACCACCACCACCCUGGCUCCCCUCCCUCAUGACCGCCUGGAUCCUCCUUCCUGUCAGCUUGUCAGCAUUCUCCAUCACGGGCCUAUGGACUGUGUAUGCCAUGGCCGUGAUGAACCGCCACGCAUGCCCUGUGGAGAACUGGUCCUACAACGAAUCCUGCUCUCCUGACACCGCUGAACAAGGGGGCCCGAAGACCUGCUGCACCCUGGACGAUGUUCCCCUCAUCAGCAAGUGUGGCACAUAUCCCCCAGAGAGCUGCCUCUUCAGCCUCAUUGGCAACAUGGGUGCUUUCAUGGUGGUCCUGAUCUGCCUGUUGCUCUACGGGCAGCUCCUGGAGCAGAGUCGUCAUUCCUGGGUUAACACCACAACGCUCAUCACGGGUUGCACCAAUGCUGCGGGCCUCGUGGUGGUCGGCAACUUCCAGGUGGAUCAUGCGAAGUCUCUGCACUACAUCGGAACUGGUGUGGCCUUCCCCGCUGGGCUGCUCUUCGUCUGCCUGCACUGUGCCCUCUCCUACCAUGGGGCCACUGCCCCCCAGGACCUGGCUAUGGCCUACCUGCGGAUUGUACUGGCAGCCAUCGCCUUUGUCACCCUAGUCCUCAGCGGUGUCUUCUUUAUGCAUGAGAGCUCUCAGCUGCAGCACGGGGCAGCCCUGUGUGAGUGGGUGUUUGUGAUUGACAUCCUCAUUUUCUACGGCACCUUCAGCUAUGAGUUUGGGGCAGUCUCCUCAGAGACACUGGUGGCUGCGCUGCAGCCUGCCCCUGGCCGGGCCUGCAAGUCCUCCGGGAGCUGUAGCACCUCCACGCACCUCAACUGUGCUCCCGAAAGCAUCACCAUGAUCUGAGAUCUGGGGAGGGUGGCUGGCCCAGCCUCAGCAGCUCCCCACCUCUUAACUUUGCAUUUAUUUUGUACCAAAAACAAUUUUGAGAAAGUAUUCUGCUGGGAUAUAGGCUUCCUUGCUGCUGGAGGAGUGGCCAUCCCAUGCCCACCUGUGCCAUAGGGGAGCAGGCCUGGCGGUGGCCUGGACCACACACAACCUACUCUCCAACUCUGCAGGGUUGUUUUUAUGUUUAAAGGUCACAUAUCCUCACUCACCCAGCCGGCCCUUCAGGUGCCUUCUACUCCCCAGUGCCAAGGCCACACCACUGGGGUUUCCUGCUGCAGAAAUUGGGGGCUGGGAACAGCAAGAGGGACAGAAGUCUGUGGGAAGGCCCACUUUUGGGCCCACUGAGGUGCACUGGGAUUCUUCACUCUGCCCCUUACUUUCUUUUGGGCAAAUAAUACAGCAGAACCACAUGGGUAUUUUAGUACUUUUUUUUUUUAAUCUAUUAAAAGAAUUCUAAUUUGCA